AUGGCUUCCGAAGGGAUUCUUGUUAACGGUAUGACUGAAAUCUUGAAGAAAUUGCUCCCGGUUAUUUCUCAACAGAUAGAUCAGGCAUGGGGUGUUAAAGAUGACUUGAAAAAACUUGGGAAUACCUUAGAUUUAAUACAAGCUUUAAUUUCUGAUGCUGAGGAGAAACAAAUUAAUGAUGCUACGGUCAAACUUUGGUUGAGAAGGCUCAAAGACGUUGUUUACGAUGCAGAAGAUCUUAUGGAUGAAAUCUGUUAUGAGUUCAUGAGUCGUUGUGAAAGGGGAAGUCAGAUCAAGCACAGAGUACGUGACUUUAUCAGUAAAUCCUCCAAUCCAAUUGUGUUUCGUUUUAAGAUGGCUGGUAAAAUCCGAGCAAUGAAUAAAAGCUUGGAUGAAAUUUACAAUGAUCAAGUCAGAUAUACAUUAAAUUCUACUUGUGGUACUUCUCAAGAAUCUCAAGCCGAUCAGCUCAGAGAGAAACGUAACCAGCUAACAACAUCAGUUUCAGAUGCUUCUGCACUUAUAGGCAGGGAGGAUGCGACAUCAGACAUAGUAAAGCUGCUAACGAACAAAUCGCUUCCUUCAGUGUCUCCAUCGUCAUCAUUCACAUCUCCACAGAAUUCUUCGCUUCAAGAACAACUUUCAGUCGUAUCUAUUGUGGGUAUGGGUGGUCUGGGUAAGACUUCAUUAGCGCAGCUUGUAUACCAACACCAGUCAAUAGAAACACAUUUCGAAAAACUAAUGUGGGUCUGCGUAUCAGACAAGUUUGAUGUCUAUAAGAUCUUAAAGGAAAUUAUAGAGUCCAUUACUGGUGAUUCAUGUGGAGAUCCAUCAAAUGUCGAUUUGCUGGCGAGACAAGUUAAGCGACAACUGAUUGGGAAGAAAUAUAUGCUAGUACUGGACGAUCUAUGGAAUGAGGAUGCUGGAGAUUGGGAAAAACUAAAGGGAUUCCUUGUCCACGGCGUUGUUGGCAGCAAACUGUUAGUUACCACACGCAGUCAAAAAGUUGCAUCUGUAGUCGGGGGUGCAGUCCAUCAUUUACAAAAAUUAACAGAUGAUGAUUGCUGGUCUAUUAUGCAGAAAAAAAUUUCAUUUCCAGGUGAUGAAGCACACUAUCAAAAUAUGUCAAAUAUAGGGAGGGACAUAGCGAGGAAAUGCGAUGGCUUACCACUUGCGGCGAACUUUCUUGGAAGUUUAUUAUACUUAAACAGAGAAGAAAGCUACUGGAUUUCAAUCAAUAACGAUAAGAAUUUGUGGGUUCAGUCAGGAAAUAAAAGAGUCGUAUCAAUCUUAAAGUUGAGCUAUGACAACUUACCUUCGCCUUUAAAACAAUGUUUUUCAUUCUGUUGUUUAUUUCCUAAAGACUGGGAAAUUAAAAGAGACAUAUUGAUUCGGAUGUGGAUGGCAGAGGGAUUCCUUCAGCCGGAUGAGGUAAAUAAUAAAUCAUUAGAAGACGUAGGAAAUGAUUAUUUUGAGUUUUUGUUGUGGAACUCAUUCUUUCAAGAUGUAAUGAAGGAUGCAACAGGUGACAUAUGUACAUGUAAGAUGCAUGACCUUGUUCAUGAUUUGUCAAUGAGUGUUGUAGAUGGUAAGGAAUUUGGGAUCGACGGGAAAGAAGAUGUAUCUCAAGUUCGUCGUUUACAACUGAUAUGUGACAGCGUAUCCUCGACAAUAACUGCCAAAAAGCUUUCUAAGGCGAAGAAUUUGCGAACAAUUGUGGUUCUUUACCCAGAGAAUUAUUCAGAAAUCUAUGAUCUUUCUUCUUCUAAGCAUUUACGCAUAUUACACCCUCUCGGUGUCUGGAAUAGAAAAGUUUCUUUUUCGAUUUCAAAGUUUAAACAUUUGAGGUUCCUGAACCUCUCAUGUUGUGAAUUUGAUUUAACACGUGAUGUGUCAUGUAAUCAUUCUCACAAUUUGCAGACAUUGGUAUUGGAGUCUUGCAGGAAUGUUUCUGGGUUUCUUCAUCAAAUCGGGCCUUUGAAAAAAUUGAGGUAUCUCGAUGUCUCGCAUUCUGAUAUUAAAGUUCUACCUGAUGAUUCUAUCAUUUACUUCACUAAUUUGCAUACAUUAAAGCUUCAUUGGUGCGGUCACUUUGAAGCCUUACCUGAUAACAUUGGGAUGUUAAAACAUCUAAGUUACCUUAGCCUUUCGGGUUCAUCAAUUGCUAAAAUACCUGAUUCUAUCACUCGUCUUAGCAACUUAAUAAAGGUCAGUUUUGGUAUGUGUAGAAACUUAGAUGCCUUGCCUACAGAACUAGGAGCUUUGACACGAUUAAGAUGCCUUGAUUUGAGUGAUACGCAGAUCAAAGUAUUGCCUGAAUCUUGCAUUAACAACCUCCAUAAUUUGGAGAUAGUGAAUUUUGGAAGUAACUGUGAGCUUCCCAGAGAUAUUAAAAAUUGGCCGAAGUUAAGAAAGUUUGAGCACUCUAGAUAUGGUGAUCGAAUGCCUAGAGGUAUGGAAAACCUAACUAGCCUCGAAACACUGGAUUCAUACAUUGUAGGAAAAGAAUUUGUACUGAGACGUGGUCAUAGUGGGAUAGGAGAAUUAGCAGCCAUUAACUCUCUUCAAGUGUUACACAUAACAAGUCUAGAGAAUGUGAUAGGAGGAAUAAAAGAAGCAGAGAAAGCAAAGUUAAAGGAUAAUACAAAUCUCAGAGAGUUACAUCUACAUUAUAGCGCCAAUCGAGUUGAUGAAGAUGAUGAUAUGGUUUUAGAGGGUCUUCAGCCUCACUCCAAUUUGAGAGAGUUGGAAAUAAGGGAAUUCUUGGGUUUAAAUCUUCCGAAGUGGAUUGGUUCAUCGUCUAAUUGUCUGCUUCCGAAUUUGGUUACAUUAUAUUUAUAUAAUUGCAGCUGCUGUGAGAAGCUCCCAGCUCUAGGUAUGCUUCCAUGUCUAAAGGAUCUCUGGAUCUCGAAAAUGAAAUCAGUCAAGUGGUUGGAUACAGAAUUUUAUCACCAGCAACAAAGAAAAGAAGAAGAUAGUAAUACCCAGAACUCUUCAACUACAACAUCAGCAUUAUUCCCUUCGUUAGUAAACUUGGAUUUCUUUGGCAUGGAAAAUCUGGAAGAAUGGGUUUCCCCUCCUCCAUCAUUUGAUUUUUAUGUUCAUUCCUUCCCUCUCCUAGAGAAGCUACAAAUGAGGGGUUGUCCAAAACUGAGAAGCACACCGAACUCAUUUCCUUCUCUCAAGGAAUUGAAUUUAGGCAGAACUACCGGCAAGGCAGUAAACUCAAUCUUAUCCGCCAGCAGAGGAGAAGGAUGUUUAACUUCUCUCACAUCCAUUAAUAUAUCAGAAACUCCAGGGUUUAUAUAUUUCCCACUGGCCGAACUACUCCAAAACAAUACCCCGAAUCUUCAUUCUCUAAGGAUCACGGAUUGCUCUGAUUUUCGAGGUUUUCUUGAUGAUGGUGAUGCAAGCAACAACAACAAUUCUCUGAAGACGUUGCAAUUAUGUGAGUGCCCUGUUUUAACGUGUCUGCCGGAUUUACGAUUAUGGACUUCUCUUCGGGAACUAUCCAUAUGGAAGUGUGACAAAUUGAAGGAGGCUAUACCUUCUGAUUACAAGACAGCAUUUUCUUUUCUUCGUUCACUGAAAGUCGAUUUUCUUCAAAGAGAAGACCAUCAACUUGAAGAUCCCGCGGGUAACCUGUUCAGGUUAAUCAAUUUGAUGGACAAGUAG